UUAUUACAACAUAUUUAAAACUGAAACAUUAGUAUAUGAGAAUUUUUACUACAUAAAAUAUCAAAAAAUACGUGUACCUAUUGAACGAUUUUAAAUAGCUACUCGCUCACAUCAAUAAAUAGCUAUAAAUACUGCAAUAAUUGAAAUGAAGUUUGUUGAGCCCGUUGAUGUUAAAAAAAUAUUUGAUUCUACGGAUAUAUUUCUCUUUGAUGUUGAUGGUGUGUUAAAGCUAGGACCAAAUCCUAUCCCAGGUGCCAUAUCGUUUAUUAAGGACCUACGGCGACGAAAUAAGCAAAUUGGAUUUGUCACCAAUGCAACGUCUUUUAGUGCGGAUGAUCAAAGAAAUAGGCUCAGCCUAUUUGAGGCAACUAAUGAUGAAAUAUUUACACCCCAUGAUGCUAUAGUAGCUUACCUGCAAAAGAUAAAUUUUCAGAAAGACAUAUUUGUUAUAAGUAACCAUACAACAAAAAAGUUAUUACGAGAAUCUGGAUAUAAAAUCAUCCAAUUAGAGGAUAUUACAACAAUGCCUAUUGAGGAAAGCAUUAAAGCGUUUAAGGACAUUUCAGAAAAAACUAUUGAAAUUUGUAAAAAUGUUGGUGCUGUUUUAGUAGAUAUGGAUUUUAGAUUCUCACAUGUGAACACUCAAAUAGCAUGCACCAUUCUUAGGCAUUUUAAAGACGUGCUACUCCUUAAUAGUAUAUUGGAUGAUUCUGCUCCAAUUGGAAAUAAUUUUAUACUUAUAGGUCCAAAAUACUAUAUGGACGUAAUUGAAAGACACAGCAAUACAAAAAGUUUAACUUUAGGAAAGCCUGCUACUGCACUGUUGGACGCUUUGAAACCAGCAUUUAAGAUCACUGAUCCCUCUAGAGUAAUGUUCUUUGGAGAUAAUGUAAUGACCGACAUAAGCUUUGGUAGCAACUGUGGAUUCCAGACAUUUCUUGUCCUCACCGGGAAUACUACUAAAGAAGAUUAUAAAGAGUGGAACUAUCCAAAUGAAUAUAAACCUAGUUAUGUAGCAGAAAGUAUAGAAUCAAUGGUUUUGCCGUAAUUCAAUAAAACUAAUAUUGA